GGCUAAUGCUAGUCUGGGUGUGGUUGUAGGGUGUGUGUGUGUGUGUUUGUGUUUUGGUCUCCCCAUGUGGCCUCAAUGCAGGUUGCAGCGUGCUUGGUCCCGCCCCAACCCAACCCAGUCCCUCCCUCCACUCCCUUUUAUAGACACCAAAACAAGCAGCGACAGACGAAAGGUGCAGCGUGAGCUUGAGAGUGAGAGAGAGAAUGCUGACACAGCCACACGUUUCUUUUAUCUGUCAAGAAAAAGUUUAGCUUAGGUUUGGAGGUAGGGUAGCCUGCCGUGGCAAGAGGAGGACUAUUCCAUUUUUGGGUAAUUUUCAGUGGCCAAGGCACCAGUCAAAAAGAUGAAGGAUAAUAAGGAUAAAGAUGCGCCAGAGGACCGGGGUCAUCUAGUGGCCAUCAUCUUCUUCGUCCUGGGCCUGGGGACUCUGCUGCCCUGGAACUUCUUCAUGACUGCAUCACAGUAUUUCAACAACAGACUGAAAAUGAACACAUCCGUAAUGAGCAAUGGCACUGUUACCGUCAAGAAAGACUACCACUUUGACAACUGGAUGACCCUGCUAUCCCAGCUGCCCUUGCUGCUCUUCACCCUGCUCAACUCCUUCCUGUAUCCCCGGAUAUCGGAGGCGGUGCGUAUCGCGGGCAGCCAGGUCUGCAUCCUGAUCCUCUUCAUCCUGACGGCCAUCUUGGUCAAGGUGGACAUGGAGACCGAUCGCUUCUUCUCCAUCACCAUGGCGACCAUCUGGUUCAUCAACUCGUUUGGAGCUGUGUUCCAGGGCAGUUGCUUUGGUCUGGUGGGCCUGCUGCCGCCCAAGUACAGCACCAUGUUCAUGAGUGGACAAGGCCUGGCCGGGACCUUCGCCGCUGUGGCAAUGAUUCUAUCCAUCGCCAGUAAAACUGAUGACCAGACCGCUGCGCUGAGCUACUUCAUCACUCCAUGUAUAGGAACUCUAAUUACAUUAAUGAGCUACCUGCUACUGGGAAAACUGCCCUAUGCCCAGUACUACCUCAACAAAGACCGCUGCAAAAGUUACGAGCCUGACACGACCAAUCAGCUACUGCUCUCAGAAAACACAGCUACCAACGGCAGCGCUAAUGGCAAGGCUAACGGGCACGCUAACGGCUCUGCUAACGGCUCCCCGGUGCGAAACGGCAAGGCAGGCACGCCGGGUAGCGAUGGCAGCGCUGACAGCCAGGCAUACCUCACCCUAGAGGACCAGAAGGCAGAGGGAGACAAGAGGCUGCCAGUCCUGGAGGUCUUCAAAAAGAUCUGGGUCAUGGCCUUCUGUGUGGUCUUCAACUUUACGGUGACCCUCGCCGUCUUCCCGGCCGUGACUGUAGACACCAAGACUGCUUACCCUGGAGAGUGGGAGAAGUACUUCAUCUCUGUGUGCUGUUUCCUGCUCUUCAACAUCAUGGACUGGGUCGGCAGGAGCGUCACCACCCUCAAGAGAUGGCCCCCUAAGGAGGGGUGGAUGUUCCCUGCGCUGGUGGUGUCUCGCGUGAUCUUCGUGCCUCUGCUGAUGUUCUGCAACGUGCAAGACCGCAACCUGCCCGUGCUGUUCGAGCACGACGCCGUCUUCUCCCUCAUCAUGACCCUCUUCUCCCUCAGCAGCGGAUACUGCGUCGUCCUGUCCAUGUCCUACGCACCAGAGCUGGUUCCUUCCAAGAAGGACAAAGAGACUGCCGGUGCCCUCAUGACCUUCUUCUUGGCUCUGGGUCUGUCCAUAGGGGCCAGUCUGUCCUUCCCCCUCCGGCUGCUCGUCUAGGGAGCACCCCCUGCCACGGCCCCCGCCCCUCAGGCCUCCAUGGCAGAACAUAAACUCCCCAUGGCUGUCGCUGGGGGUUGGCCUCUCCUGACCCCCUCCUCUACCUGCUCGUCUAGGGAGAUAAAACACACCUCCAACAAACCUCACCACCUCCACCCCCACACACUCCCUUCCGAUUGACUUUAUUCCCAUCAAGCAUCCAUCAUCCAUCGUCCCGGGACAGAAUCAACAACCCAGGUCUGUAUGAUUAUUGCUCCCAUUGCUAGGUUCUACAAAACAAAACCUAUUGCAGUCUAGACAACUUUCUGCGAAAAAAAAGGACAAGAACCAGCCAAUGAAAGUCCUUGUACAGCCAACGAGGGACCAGGACCCAACCAAUCAAAAUCUACGUACUUCUGAUGGAUCACGUAACUGCGGUGGCAUGUCUGAAGCCCCUCAGCCAAUCAAAUCAAGUCAUGUUGGAUCACCUGACUGGAACAUCAUUUUUUUUCCCUUAUUCCUAUUCCCAUCACCUUAAGAAGCCCAGCUUGGACAUUGACAUGGGGCACAGAACCACGCCAUCAUACCUGGGCAUUUAAUUCAUGUGUAAUUCAUGGGAUGGUAGUCAUACAGAACAUGGGGCAGGUACCCCCACCUGAUCAAAACCCACAACCCCCCUAAGGAGAUGAGAGAUACAAGAGCGGGGAUAUUGACUUAUUAAUAAGUAAGUAAUGUAAACCCAUAAUAGCCUACCCCUAUGAAGGGUAGCACACCACAAAUGCGGAACUGUAAUUGACACUCUUUCAACAUGGAGACAAAACCACCAUCAACACACCACCUUACUGUACAUUGUAUUUGUAUAUGUAUCUGAUUGAUACAUAAUCGGAUGGAUUAUAGUGGUUUACCUACUAACUAACCUGCAUGAACUUGGAGUUGAAGCAGCAACACCAGAAGAUCGUUGAGUUUUUGAACCCCGGGGCUGCUGUCGUCGUUUCCCCCCCUUAACACCAAGAUCUACCCCAGGACUUUUCCUGGAGUUACUUUUUGUUAUAUCCAGCGAGAUACGAUGCUAAUGCCUGACGAAUGACUGUUACGCUUUCUCUGUGACUCUUGUGCCUGUGAGAUCCCCAUAAGCGAUGUGCAUCCUCUACGUUUGUCUGAUGUUCGUCAUAGAGAGUGGAGGCAAACAUGGUGGCUAGCUGACAAGUAGGCUAUUAGCUGACAGUAGGCUAUAACGGGCUAAAAUCACAACCCCCAUAUACGCCCAUGUUGUAGAUGGGUGCACUAUCAAAAGAAUUAUUGUACAAUCCAGGGGGGGUUAGGAAAUGGAUCACACUCAUUUUUUGUCUUGUUUCUUAUUCUUUUCUUUUUAUUCAAACAUAGCAGGGACAGACAGACGUUUCGGCUGCAAGAGCCUUCCUCAGUAUCACAAUCCAGGGGGGGAAAAACAGAUUAUGUCAGAUAUGUUCGACUCACAGGUUCUCUUAACAGACAUAUUUGUUCAGUUAUCUUGUUACUGUAUCAGACUGCAUUUGUCAUCAUGACGUAAUUCCUGGCGGCAUUCUGAUUCCGAUUUGUUCAACAGAACAAUGGAAAUAGACCGGUUCUCGGUUCUCUUUGACAUUCUCAUGACAUUUUUGUCUUUUUGACAUGGCAUCGAGCUGCUUUAUUCUCAUAGAAGAUGCCAAGAGAGUCUGAAGCCGAAAAUGUUUAGAUCCUUCUGGUCCAUGGUACGUACGGUAUGCACUGUCUGCAUACUAAACUUUUACGAUUAAGUUGAGCUGUGCUCUGAAACCUUUGCAUAAGUGCAUGUUUCAUACCCAUCACCAAACAGAGUUCUUAACUUGCUUUCAUUUGGUAAAUGGAACUCCUAGCUGUGCUGAGGCACAUUUGCAGUCCCAUCCCGUGCAUGUGUACCAUGCAGGUAUCAAGUAACUAACCAUGUCCAAAGCCACCUACCUCUUCCAAGUGUCAUAGCGUAUCAUGCCCCUGUAGGAAUGGGGCAAUCCAAAUGGGUUCCACACUGGUCACCAGUUAAAUGAGUUGGGACUUUUUUGGGAGAUGGGGAUCUGGUGUCCUCCUCACCCUUAAGUCACGCAACCACAGCUCUUGGUGUCUCUUGUGUCUGAUGUUUGGACAUCCGUUUGAACCACAGCAAUGGGGAUCAGGUUACCUACCAUGUGCUGCUAGCACCACCACCAUUUUGGUUCCGUUCAACUCCUGCCCAUGCAUAUUGCCAACAUGCAGUUACUUGAAGCAGGGCAACACUUAAAUCGGUCGUAAUGCUAGAGUGACAUUAUUAUUUUUUGGGAGGGAUUUCUAUGUUGUGAGGAAAUUUUAAAACAUUUAAGUCUCAGGUGUCAGUUCUCUAGAAGCCAAGUAGUUGAUGAACCGGAUGUUUAGAUGCUUAAGCAUAUAGGUCAUUUUUUUAAUGUGUAUAUUUCAUUUAAUAAAUUAAUAUUUUUAAUUUAAAUAUAAUUAAUAUAAUUAAUUUUAGUAUAGUUUUUUAACUAUGUGUAAUCAUAGUUUUCUAUGGUACAGAGCUCCCCCCGUAUUAAAGUACAGAGUCCUGUACAUCCAUGUCCCUUCAGAGGUUCUAUAGUGAAGAAACGUGAGGGGAGGGAUGUGAUGGUAGUAUUGAGGGAACAAGACCUAUCCACCACUGUGUAAUGUGGUAGGGGACAGCAGACUAGUCCUGUCGCAGGACUAAUUUCACACUUCAUAUGAAAUAUACAGUAGUUGAACAAUCGAGGAAAUCGGAAGGCAUGUGCAGGGUAAAGGGAUGCCAAUUCCAUUGGGAAAUCUGUUCAUUUCUCUUUUUUGCUGUUUUUUUGGUCAAUGCUUUUGGGGUGUGCUCCUGGACAGAACAGAUCGUGAAAUGUUCGAAAUGAAUGUACAGUAGUAGACUGAAAAAAACAAGCAGAACAGGCCACAUGCAUAUGGAAUCCUAUCUGUUUUUUUGUCGAAAAAUGAUCACACUCAUGGCCAUUACGGACAUUGUCAAAUGUUUUUUUCAUCGUGACAUCACUGACUUCAAGCUGCUUUUUGUUUUCUUGAAGCGGAAGUGCUAAGAGAAUGUAAAAGGAAAAUGUCAGUCAGCCCGUGAAUCUCUAUGAAAUGUUAGCGAGAAGACUGGGUACUCCAAUGAUCGCCAUUGAGGACAAAUUCUCAAGCAUUGUUGCUGAGCUCUACCAAGUGUAUUUAUGGGGUAUUGGGCCCCUACUCAAUGGUGAAAGAAACAACAUUAUACACAACUGGACAUCUUAUGGGCGUAUUGGUGUAACUGAUAUAAGAACAUAUUUUGCUGCAGUGCAGAUCAUGUCAAUCAUUUUGUGGGUGAAAGUAGACCACAGACAUUCACCUAUAUGCGUACACAUUUAGGUUGUUGCGGUGUUAAGUGUGCAUGAGUUUACAUCAAGUGUACUUGUAUUUUUGGGUGUUCAUUGUAUCACGUGUGUGUGCGUUUGUGCAGUGUGUGUGAAUCAGCUUUUCCACAAGCUCACCUUUUUUUGGGGGGGCGUUCCUCUGGCAGCAAUUCUUCCCUCCAUGACCACCAGCACAUAGGAAUAAAUAGGACAAAAAUCAAGGCAAGAGUUAAUAGGUUACGUGUAGAUUUUCUUUUACCUUUUUUGAGAGAGGAAUGAUGCAUAUCAUCAGACAAAUCAAAGUGCACUAUUUUUGCUUUGAAGAUAUUGCCACAGCCGUCCUGUGCAUUGCCACAUGCAUACCUGUACAGAACAGUAGGUUCUGGUAACAAGGAUGAGAAGGCAUUAGUGGUAGUGGUAGGAGUAGUAGUGCUGGUCAAGGCCGGCGCUAGGCAUAGACAAACAAGGCGGUCGCCUAGGUCACCAAAUGCCUUGCGGGGGCACCAGUGACGCCUGAAAUUUAGAAUGCUAAGCAAUGUGAAACAUUCACCCUUACACUGACAUAAGUUUUACAUGGGCACUCUCUCUGUAGGCACCGGUUCGAGAUCAGAUGUGCGGCACUAUGUUUAACGACGCUCUUUUUAGAUGGACACAAAUUAAAUGGGGUGCUGGCCUAAGGCAAUAACGUGACUAGCAGCGUUGGUAAUGGUGUCUGGCCAGGUCAGUGGAGCAGACAGGCCGGGGAACACCAGAUGGUGUGUAACUGAUCCCCAGAGGUCAGACGUAGUAGUUCAGCCCCGCACGAGGAUCUUAACCCUUAAGUUUGGCACCUGUAGUUACGUAGGUAGCUCACUGCAUGUCGCACGGGAUAGUGCAGUCUGCCAGCAUGUUACGUGGGUACCUUAAGGCAAAACUGACUCAACACCAAGAUAACAUUUCCAAAAUGUGUAUAGAAAACAGGAUAAAAGGCUACAACUGUAUGAAUUUUCUUUUUUUGAAACCCUCCACAGCGUCAGUGAUGAGCAACAUGGAUUCAGAAGCUACGAUCCAGUGCCACAUUCUCCAAAUGACCUGGUUUUACCUGUCCAAAUAGGUCAUCUGGAAUACGUGGCUGUGGAUCACAGCUUAUGGAUCCAGGUUGCACACUAGGCAACUAAGUAGAAGUGGAAGUACUCUUGCCGUUGUAAUUACAGUACUAACACCUGAUCUUACAUAGUUUACACCAGUUAUUCCACCGUACAUAAUGAGGUAGACACAUUAUAAUAGUACUUCUGCUUUUACUUUUAUAGCACCCCUCUGCAAAGCGUUGCUUUUAAUAUGGGCGCAUCAAGUUCAGACAGCGCCACAAAUGCGAUCAUUGAACGUGUCCGCAGGCUGUCGUGAGGGAGGACCGUUGAAGCUCAAGCGUCGGCUUGUCUCCGCUCUGACAUGCCCGACCGCGUGCAUCAGGCUGCUCAGGGGUGAAUUUCUGGAAAGCGUAGCUGCUAACUAUGUUAGCUACUUUAUUGGUUGCAAUGCAAUUUCCCAUUGACAACUACCGAAGUUGCUAACUGCUAUCAACUAUGCUUUCCAGAAAUGCACCCCAGAUAUGUUUGUUUGCCUACCUGCCUGACUGACUUGGCUAUUUUUGUUCUCUUAGUUCUUGUGGUGCCAUACUAUUUGUAAACAUGCACUCAUUUGGAUUUUUGUUUUUUAAAACUUAUGCAAUCUGGGUUUUCGUUCUGUUUCUGUUUGUUGUUUUGUUUUGAUUUUGAAAUUCUGCUCUUGACAAUUGAUGUUCACCAACCAGUUUUUUUUUUUUUUUUUUUCGUUAUCUGCGGGGCAGUGUCUUUAUUGAAUGCUUUCAUUCACAAUGACAUGGGUUACUGUUGUACUAAGAACAUUUUGUUAAAACAUUUUUUUUACAUGUUUUACACAGGUUUACUCUCGAUUAUAGUUUCAUUUUUUUUGAACAUUUAGAUUUGGUUGAUGGAAAUGUUGAGUUUAAUUAUAGUUCUUUUUAUAUACAUACAUUUCAAUGUACUGUACAUAGAUAAAAACAUGAUUUCCUUAUUUAUUUUUUAAAACUAUAGGAUAGAGGCUACCAGUACUUAAAAGAGAAUACUUAAAGCAACUUAUACAGAACUAGCUAACCAAUACGAUCAUCCAGAUCUCUCGUACGUCUGAUGUAAACAGUCAUGGUUGUGCCAUCUCAUUCGUAAUAUGAGAAUGACGUUGCUUAAGACAUGAUCACCAACCUGGUUAAAUUAACUACAGUGAAAUUGAUUCAUUUCAACCCCCUUUAUUUAAUUAUCAAUUGUUUAUUUUGGAUGUUUUUCAACCCCCUUUUUAAUAUUAAUACAUUUUAAAUGCACUUCUAAUUAAUUAAAAAUGCAUUUUAAUUUAUAUACUUUAAUUUAUAGAAUUAAACAUUGAUGCUCUUUUAUUUAUCUACAUUUGCAGCUUUUAGAAGGCCCCUUAUUCAACUCAGCCAGACUAAGACAUACUCUUAUGUGCUGUGCGCUGUGUUGCAUUCCCUUGGAUAGCCUGUGUUGUUACACAUGUAAACACAGCUCUACUUUUGGCUAAAUCAAAAGGGGGGGUCUGAUGUGUGUCUUGAGAAAACACAACAAAACUCCUCCCUCCUGUCAGGCCCAGCCAGUAAUCAUUGGACUACCCAGCAUGCACCGGUCAGGAAAGGGGAAGGAAGGGGGGGUGGGCUGCUGCUACGGCAGAAAGCUAGCUUGCAUGUCUAUUAGGUGAGACCUUAUUUGAGGAGUCACUGUUAAGAAGUCAGUGCAGUGGUGCCCUGGUAGAGGAUGGGACAUGAUGCCCCCUGGUGGAUGGUUGUAUCGUAUUCCGCUUGCCGUUUUCUACAUUCAGUCCGUCUUCUUUUCUUCCUUUUUUGGGCAGUCACCUUUUCAUUCUUUGGUCGUCGUCCCCCACCCAACACACACACACAUUUUCUUUGUUUUGUAGCCAUGUUGUUAUUUCCUAUGUCCAUUAUUCAUUACCCUCAGAUGGCUGCAUUACUCAUUGAUACCAGUAUGUGCAUUAAUUUAAAAUCCAUCCUCUAACUCAUCUAAUAAGACCAUCUCCCCACAUGCUGCAGAGAGAGAGAGAAAUAUAUCUGAUAUAAGAGUGUGUGGUGGGGAGCUAAUUUGGGAAGCGGAUCUGCGGUGAGCGUCCCUCUUGCAUCAUACCGUAGUCCUCCUGUAAGUCGAUCCCAAUGUAAAAAUGGCCCAAAAUGUAAAAAUGGCACAGCCCCUACGAUCAACCAUCUUGAGAUAUCAGAAUCAUCAUUUGUGACAUGCAAGGCGCUUCUGGUAGGGUGGGUGGGUGAGUUUGAGUGACGGGGGGGGUUUGGAAGCCAUUUUAAUUUUGGAAUGCCUUCAGUACUCCAUUAUAGCUUUCCCUGACAUUAAGAUCAGAGGGAGUCUCUUGUCGUCUCAGGUCAGUUCUUGUCAGAGCUCUUAAAGAGAAGUGCAAAGACCAAGUAUGUUCCAAUCCUCUCUCCUGCAGUCCCCGGUUUGCCCACGACUAAUUAUUACAAUGACUGUGUUCAAUGGACAGUCUUCUUAACAUGCUGUAUGCUCCAUGUAUAGACAGACAUUGGGUUGUUUUGGGUCUUCCUUUGCUCAUAGUUUUAGGCUUUUUUUAAUUUGCUUGACCCACAAUUCUAUGAUGAACUAUUUUUGGCCCCUUUUACACAGACCAAUUUGGGAUUUGUCAUUAUUGCAAUGGUCCUUGUUUUAGGUUGUUUUUAUGUCACCCCCUCACAUUUACCGUAUGGCGGACAAUGGUAAUGAACUCAAUGUUUGAAAUGAAAGAAUGCCUUCUUUGGUUACAACUCACAUGUACAAUAUACAUUGUUACAAGCUUGCAAUGAGACUGAAAGGAUCUCACUAUAGGAAUGAACUGACUGCCUAUCUGACAGCCUGUUUAAAACCAAACAAAGCAAAAAAAACUGAAAAGAUGUGAAUCUUGCUUGGUCAUCAUGACUUGUGUUCAACUUGUUUCUGAGGCAGCAUUUGGAGUCAGUGUGUCCGGCUCAAUAUCUAACCUUGUGUCCUCUCAUUCUGCUUGUGGCCUAGUGCUUCACUGAUGCCCUGCCUCUUUGGGGAAAACAACGUUUAUCUGCUGCCAGCCUAGGCACAAGAAUUUUUGGUGGACGAUUUCCCCAUUCAGCAUCCGAUUGCUAAUGAGAAAAUGACCUUUUGAAUAGUGAUUUUGCCAGAUAUUGUAUAAAAAGUAUGUCAUCAAUGAAUCGCAUCUCGCGUCUUGCCAUCAUUGAGGCCACAAGCAAAGUUAGUGGAAGGGAGGUUAAAUAUUGAAUUGGACCCAUCUCAUUCUCAUGGACUUGAGGGCCUUACCUCACAAUUUAUAUGUUACUCACUUUGGGCACAAGGGGGCAGUACUGUUCAAUUUAGGAAAUGUGUGACUUUUUUUCAUCAGCUUUUUUUUUUUAUUGUCAAUAAGGGAGAGACAUUGUGUGUAUGUGUGUGUGCAAAUUUAAGUUGCUGAAAAUUGUAAAAACAGUCUGAAUUCAUUUGUAAAUAUUCAUUUUUUUCUGUUGUGUAAAAAUUAAACUAGAUUUUAUAUUGA